GACGGGUCUAAAAAAGACGAUACGAACACGGCAACAUGAUACACGUAGAAGUUUUGAUGCAGCAACGUCAAGAAAAAGAACGAUCUCAAAACAGCUGUCUGAGAUAAGUUGGAAACACGAACAAGUGUGGUAGUCGUAGAACCAAUUUCGUCGUUCCUCCGCUUUCGUUCGUCACAUGACUAUGUAACGAGAGUAUACAACAUAACUAGAAACGAGAUUAUUGAUGCUAAACUCCACUUAACAACGAGAACGAGAGCAUGAUGAGGGUACUAUCGACAACGAUGAAGAAUUUAGGAAAUAAGAUCUUAUUUCGUGAGACGCAAAUUCAAAUGAGACUCUGUCUGAGACAAACAAUCUUCUGGGGAGCGUCGAGAGCGGUCGUCAGUGCACGUGGCAGAGAGUAUAGUCGUGAGGGAGAGUAUAGUCGUGGUCUGUUGUGGACAUAGACAAGUGAUUAUGGGAGUCAUCGUGGUCGUACGGAGUUAUGCUUAAUAUGAUCACUCAAUCUCAAGCGAAGAUGGCAACAUCAAUAUUUUUAUAUUAUCGUUCUUGUAGUUUUUCAUUUUCUUGCAAGAACUAAGUUGUAGUAAGUAAACGAGUCCAGCUCGCACGACGCACGCCUACAUCAUCACACUCCCAUCAUCGAAAAAUCUUACCCCAUCCCUUUUAGGACGAAAAGAUUUAGGAGAUUCCAAGAAAAACAAAAGAACCCGAAAAGAAAGAAUUUUAUUCGAAGAGGAAAAUCAGCAACAUCAGGAAGACAACAAGAACAACUCCACCUAGAGCUAUAACACUAACACGACCUACUUCUAGUUGUGGUGCAUAAGACUAAGAGUGUAACUCCUAGAGUUCAUAUCAUCUAGUACGCGACCUACUUCGUCAUCAUCGACUAGAACUGUAGCUACUUAGAGACAACAAAUAAGACCAGCAAGAUGUUGUCCCUCAUUUCGAUGAAACGCACCGCAGCUUUGUGCGCGUUGUAUACAACCGGUGGUAGUGUCCUGGAGAUUUCCGCGAACAAGAAGGUUACCUUCUUGAAAGACAUCAAGAAUAAUGGUCAUGCAGCAAGUACACCAAAAGGAACCGGAGAAGAAACCCCCCGACAUCCUCAUCACCUCCGCGGGAGGAAGUCAGUAAUUGGAGGUAUAUCUUUAACUUUGUAAGUGUGAAUGUAUUAGAUUGAGGUCCUAAAGACUUCAUCAUGUAGAGUUAGAGUAGUCCAUCAAUCUUCUGUGUUCGUUCUCUCUUCUUCCAAAACACCUCGUAGGAAAAGCAGAAUGCUGAGAGCUUCUCAACUUCAUAAACAAGAUCGCUAAGUCGAUGCCUUACACUCUUUGGGUUUAAAGUUAUUUAUAUUCUAAUUGCACUACGACUACCUGUAGACAUCAGAACGUAUUCAUUUAAAGAACAACGAAAUUUUUGCAGACCACACACUAUUUUCCUGUCAUCUUGCUACGUCGUCGUGGUUUCUCUGACUGGGACUGCGGUCAAUUUUGGACUCCUGUUCUGUGGCAACUUUUCUGCUCGUGUUAAGCGAGAUGGCUUCCUAUCCUGUAUCACUAUGUAUAUUAUAAUGUUGCAUCUUCGUUUCCAAAAAUAUCUCUAUUUUCCAUGCAGGAACUGACGAGCAGGAACAACUGACUCCGAAUCCAGUAAAAUGGAAAAUAAAGGCUCAACAGGGCUUGCUAGGUAUGGCUUCACUUUAACGGAACAAAGUAAACGAAUGUCGGCGAAGUUCCUAGGUUAGUAGGCUGGUUAGACUAUUUUAGUAUUGGUUCAUUUUUACCCUUUCCAGGCCCUUCGCUUUUCCAUCACCAAAGAAAUCGAUGGAUAUUUAGUAGUCUGGUAGAUUUAUUUCAACCGGCCUCGCAUCUCCAGCACCAAAAAAUCGAUGGAGCAGUAGGCGGGCAAAAUUGCUUCAGCGCUCUUCCUUGCCUUUUCUUGCCGAAAUCGCUAGAGCAGUAGGCAGGGGAGAAAGCCUCCUGCAUUCUCUGUGCGUUUGUCCGACAUUUCUGGAACCUCCACUGGAAAUCAAAGCUUUGGAAAAUGGCCAGAAAUGGCCACGAAACAGCACUAAGGCGCCGCUUUACCGAAUGUCGGGCAUUAGUGGUCUUCGUCUUGUUGCGUGCCUUAUUUGUGCCGAAAACAGGCAAGAUUCUUGAUUCUUGAUUUUCCGACAGGGUUAGUAGUAUUGUGCCUCACUUCAUUUUCCGACAUUCCGUUCCCGACAUUCUGUUAAAGUCAUCACAUUCAUACAACCUCGCCAGCAGGCGCGGGAACUGGAAAGAAAGACGAAGACUCCCGCGGAGGAGCAUGGCGCGACAAGCCCUGUGGGAGGACAGCGAUAA